AGUAUUUUGGCGGAAGCUACGGUUACCAUGGCAAUUAUUGUCAGGCUACCGAUUCCACUUCAUAAGUCCGGUAAACGGGAAAAACACCAAUUUUAUCUAUAUUUCAAAGAGGGAAGAAUGAAGACACAGCACAUAAACUUUCAAAUUCACAUCCCCGAUCGCCAUUGCAGCAUCAUCUGAGCUGUGAUGAUGAAGGAGCCAGGAGGCGGUGUCUGAUCAGAGCCCAACAUUAAACAUAUCUGACGUCUAUAUCUCCAUCAUCAUCAUCAUCAUCCUCGCCUCUCAAUGUCCAAAUAACUCUUUGCAUUUCCGUGCUAUCGCUUUUUCCUCAAAUUCACGUUUUUCGCUCGUUUACCCUCUGAACGUCUUUAGGGAUCUGAAGUUUGCCUCAGUUUUGCGCAACCGGUGUGUGAACUCGUGUGUGAAACAGCCCGAUCCGAUCGCUGUCCACCAGGCGUAAUUGUGUUGACAACAGGGGAUUCAUAUGAGCGUACCUCCGGUAAUCCGACCGCCGAGCCCCCUCCCGGGGUCGCAAGGCAUUUCUUUCCAAAUCCAGAUCGGGUUGAGCCGGGAACCCGUCCUGCUGGACUCCGGCGAGUUCAGCCUGGCGCAAGUCCGAGAGAUGGCAUGCUCCAUCGUGGACCAGAAGUUCCCAGAAUGCGGCUUCUAUGGGAUGUAUGACAAGAUUCUUCUUUUCCGUCACGAUCCAAACUCUGAGAACAUCCUGCAGUUGGUGAGGUCUGCGGCUGAAAUUAUGGAAGGGGACCUGGUCGAAGUCGUCCUGUCAGCCUCAGCUACGGUGGAGGACUUUCAAAUCCGGCCUCAUGCUCUGUUCGUCCACUCAUAUCGGGCUCCAGCAUUCUGCGAUCACUGUGGAGAGAUGCUGUGGGGUUUAGUGAGGCAGGGGCUCAAGUGUGAAGGCUGUGGGCUGAACUACCACAAACGCUGUGCCUUUAAAAUCCCCAACAACUGCAGUGGCAUCCGAAAACGACGACUCUCCAAUGUGUCCCUCACGGGCCUGACCAACACUCGCUCUAUUUCUGCUGAACCGUCCCCCAGCACCUCUGAUGAAGCACUGCUUUCUCCUGUCAGUCCUAGCAUGGAGCAAAAAACCCCAUCAGACAUCUUUCCAGGAAGAGGCCGUUCCAAUUCCCAGUCCUAUAUAGGUCGACCGAUAGAGCUGGACAAGAUCCUGCUGUCUAAAGUGAAGGUGCCACACACGUUUGUCAUCCAUUCCUACACGCGACCCACUGUUUGCCAGCAUUGCAAGAAGCUCCUCAAGGGCCUGUUCCGUCAGGGACUGCAGUGCAAAGAUUGCAAAUUCAACUGCCAUAAACGAUGUGCACCCAAAGUGCCAAACAACUGCCUCGGAGAGGUGUCAAGAAACGGAGAUUUGUUGAGUCCCGGUGCUGAAUCAGAUGUGGUCAUGGAGGAGGGCUGUGAUGACCACGAUGGGGACAGACACAGUCCGCUUAUCGAUGACAUGGAAGAGUCUCUGGUGGGGGAUUCUGCUGCUUAUUUGGAAGCUGGACAUGGUGAGCUUGGAGAUUUUCAAGACCUAGACCCGGAUGAGUCCAACAGGAUCAUCAGCCCUUCCACCAGCAACAACAUCCCACUUAUGCGAGUGGUUCAGUCUGUCAAACACACCAAGAGGAAAAGCAGCAAUGUUAUGAAAGAAGGCUGGCUUGUGCAUUUCACCAGCAAAGACACACUGCGCAAGAGACAUUACUGGCGACUUGACAGCAAGUGUAUAACCCUGUUCCAGAACGACACCGGCAGCAAAUACUAUAAGGAAAUUCCUCUAUCUGAGGUGUUGUCUCUGGAGCCAGCGAAAACAUUCAACCUUCUGCCUGAGGGUGCAAACCCACAUUGCUUUGAGAUCGCCACCACAUCUCUGGUGUACUAUGUGGGGGAGAACCUGAGCCGAGCCGACGGGGGAUCCUCAGGCUAUGGAAGCAGCAUGCUUGUUAGCGGUGUGGGGCAGGAUGUGGCCCACAUGUGGGAGAUGGUCAUCCAGCAUGCUCUGAUGCCUGUCAUCGCCAAGGGCAUAUCACAGGGCGGCCAUCAUAACUACCACAAAGAGGUCUCCAUCAGCAUCUCUGUAUCCAACUGCCAGAUCCAGGAGAAUGUGGAUAUUAGCACAGUGUAUCAGAUUUUCCCUGAUGAAGUACUUGGCUCUGGGCAAUUUGGCAUUGUCUAUGGAGGGAAACACAGGAAAACAGGCAGAGAUGUUGCCAUCAAGAUCAUCGAUAAACUGCGAUUUCCCACUAAGCAGGAAAGUCAACUGCGCAAUGAAGUUGCCAUUCUCCAGAACCUCCAUCAUCCUGGCAUUGUGAACCUGGAGUGCAUGUUUGAGACACCCGAGCGUGUCUUUGUUGUCAUGGAAAAGCUCCAUGGCGACAUGCUGGAGAUGAUCCUGUCAAGUGAGAAGGGGAGGCUUCCAGAGCGCAUCACCAAGUUCCUUGUAUCGCAGAUUCUGGUCGCUCUCCGGCACCUUCACUUCAAAAACAUUGUUCACUGUGACCUCAAACCCGAGAAUGUUUUGUUAGCCUCCGCUGACUCCUUUCCACAAGUUAAGCUCUGCGAUUUCGGCUUUGCACGUAUUAUCGGAGAGAAGUCUUUUAGGCGUUCGGUGGUUGGCACUCCGGCGUAUCUCGCCCCUGAGGUGCUGAGGAACAAGGGUUACAACCGCUCGCUGGACAUGUGGUCGGUGGGUGUCAUCAUCUAUGUCAGUCUCAGUGGAACCUUCCCCUUCAAUGAGGAUGAAGACAUUCACGACCAGAUCCAGAAUGCUGCCUUCAUGUACCCACCCAACCCGUGGAAAACAGUGACCCCAGAGGCAAUUGACCUCAUUAAUAACCUGCUGCAAGUCAAAAUGAGGAAGCGCUACAGCGUGGACAAGUCUCUCAGCCAUCCCUGGUUACAGGACUACCAGAUGUGGCUGGACCUGCGAACUCUGGAGUGCAAGAUGCUAGAGCGCUAUAUCACACACGAGAGUGACGAUCUACGCUGGGAGCAUUUCGCUGAACAAAAUGGCCUGCAGUACCCAGCCCACUUAAUGAACCCUCACGCGGACGUCCGUGAGCUGGAGGAGCCCGACGAGCUGGUGAUGGGCAGACUCAGCGACAGAGUCAGUGUCCUGUAAAAGUGAUGCCAACAGCGGAAAUCAAGCCAACUGCACACUGCCAAAAUCAACACUUCAGUCCACUCUAAUGCCUUGACAAUUCCUGCACAAUCCUAACGUUUAACAAUGUACACUCUUCAGAUCAAGCACAAAUUACAUUAAACACACAGUGCCUACGCCACAAAAGCCAACUUUAGCCAUAUAUGACAAAGAAAAUCACACCCAAAUAUAAAUAUAAAUACAGCACAUUAAGGAAUAAGAAAUACUAUGAACAAAAAUAAUGGGUCGUUUUGUUCUUGAGGACUUUGGAGCUUGAGAAAAUUUGUUACUUAUUAUUAUUUUUAUUUGUAUGCCAUCAACUUGCUCUACACAGUUAAAAAACACUGUAUCAGCAGUAUUUGUUUGUAUAACUCAUUAAGAAAAGUCGUGAUAUAUAAGAAACAGUUUAGGGAAUUCACUUUUAUGAACAUAAAUUAUUCUAUGAAAAUCAGUACCACAGAGAUUUUGUGGUGACCUGUUGCAUCAAUGAUAACGUGACUGAUGUAUAGCAUUUAUAGCUUUUGUGGUUUUGUGUUUGUGUGCUCAUGAAUGUAGUGUACUGUAUGUGUGUGUGUGUGUGUGUGUGAGAGAGAGAGAGAGAGAGAAAGAGAGAAUGUGUAUGUGUGGUGGAGGUUGGUUAAGUUAAUGCUCUGUGCAAGUGCAAGACAACAAACACUGCCUGUGGACUGAAGAUGUGUUUCUUUUGCUUUCUUCAGAGAUGUUGGAAUAAUAAAGUGUGUAUACGCAUAAAGUAUUAUGUGCUCAUAA